AUGGGCUCCAUAACAGCGACCAACUCUAAAACCCAUCCACUUGAAGCUCUGCUUGCAAUCGGCAGGGAGGAGCGUGAGCCAGUGGAAUUGCGAGUCACUGGAACCUUUCCACCACUCCUUGCAGGCACAUUUUACCGCAAUGGACCCGGCACCCACCGUGUCGACUCGAAAACAGGGUCGUAUGCACGCAGUCACUGGUUUGACGGCUUUGCGCAGCUGCAUCGAUUCCAGAUAAUUCCCACGGACGACGGCAACUGUCGCGUGCUCUAUAACUCUCGAUUCCAGGUCGACGCGUUGAUGGAAGAAGCACGCCGCACCGGAGAUCUCAAGCCCGUCACCUUUGGCCAAAAGAGAGACCCGUGCGAGUCGUUCUUUCACAAGAUGAAAACCGUCUUUGAGCCGACUGAAUUCAUGUCUAAUCCACAGAUGGUCAAUGCGAAUGUCACCGUGUUCGCCAACAUGCCCGGCAUGCUGAAACAUGGCCCUGCUGUACCGGCAUCCUCGCAAUUAAAGUUGCUGACCUGCCUGACUGAUGCAAACCAAAUCACGCACGCCAAUCCGGAGACCCUCGAGCCGAUUGCUGCGAGCACACAACAAGAGCUUCACCCGGAUCUGAAGGGACCAUUCACCUGCGCGCACCCGCAAUUCGACCCCAAAACCGGAGAUGUAUACAAUUACAAUCUGCACCUAGGCCCUAGAGGCACCUUUCGCAUAUACCAUACUUCGGCCAAUACAUCCAAAACAGAUGUCAUUGCCACAUUCUCAACAAAGGCAGCCUAUAUCCACUCCUUCUUCAUGACGGAAGACUACAUCGUCCUCUGCGUCUGGCCCUCCUACUUCAAAGGCCUCGGGGCCUCCGUUCUCUGGGAGCGCAACAUGCUCGACGCAAUGAAAUUCGAUGCUACUGCUCAGGCGCAAUGGUUCGUGGUCGACCGCAAGGGCCACCGAGGCGUCGUUGCCAAGUUCGUCAGUCCGCCCUUUUUUGCCUUUCACACGAUCAAUGCUUUCCAAGAACCGGGAGACAAGAAUACCGUGGACAUCAUCUGUGAUGUAGUGCAGUACGCCAACAUGGAUACCCUGCACCGAACCUACUACCAAGACUUGCUGUCGACCGACGGUAAGAUUUCGAAUUUCACAGUGAAAAGAUCAGAAAUACCCACGACCGUCCGCUAUCGCCUACCACGAGUACCCAUAGAGUCUACUAUGAGAACAGUUGCCGCAGCGGAACGAGUCUUUGGAUUUGUAUCCGGUGAACUCCCAACGAUCAACCCGCGAUUCGCAACCAAAAGAGCGCGAUAUCACUAUUGCGUCGUCAACCGAGGACACACUUCCUUCUUCGAUGCAAUCGGCAAGGUCGAUCUGGACACGCAAACAGUAAAGUACUGGGGUAGCGAAACGACGCCUCAUACGCCCUCUGAGCCGAUUUUCAUCCCCGACGGCACCGGCGAGGCGGAGGAUGCGGGUUAUCUGCUUAGUGUGGUCUUGGACGGAGAGACUGGGACAAGUUACCUGGUUUGUCUUGAUGCGAGGACGUUGACCGAGGUCGGCAGGGCUGAACACGACCACGCAAUUAGUUUUGGGUUGCAUGGAAGUCAUUAUUCCGCGGUUUGA